CCGCCAUGUUUACGCACGGCCGUAAGAAGAGACGUAAGCUUCAGAAAUAAUAAUAAUAAUGGCGUUAAUAAGAAGAAAAGGACGAGGCCGCGAGGGUCGUUGGGCGAUAUAGCUGGGAGUUGUGUCCGCUCCGGGGGUCUCUUGCAGUUUUCUAUAGAAAGGAGCGCGGAAGACACUGAAUGAGUUGCGAGCUGGCGCCUCGUUCGCCAUGAGCCGACCUUCGUCAGCCGGCGGCGGGAAAACGGGGAAACACACGGCGACGGCCGUGGCUGCAGCGGGUGGUGGAGGCGGAGGGGGUGCUGGAGGAGGCGGCAGCAGCGGUGCUGGUGGCGGUGGAGGAGGAGCCGGCGGUGGUGCUGGCGGCGGAGGAGGCAACUCGGCAAUCGCGGCAGCGGCAGCAGCGGCGGCGGCGGCGGCGGCAGCGACUGCCGCCGGCGGUUCCACCCCACCUCAGCCCGAGCUCACUUCCCUGUUUGAGUGUCCAGUCUGCUUCGAUUAUGUUCUACCACCCAUCCUGCAGUGCCAGGCCGGGCACUUGGUAUGUAACCAGUGCCGGCAAAAACUUUCUUGCUGCCCAACCUGUAGGGGCCCGCUCACCCCCAGCAUUAGAAACCUGGCUAUGGAGAAAGUGGCUUCCACCAUUCCUUUCCCAUGCAAGUAUGCCUCGGCUGGAUGUCUCUUGUCAUUGCACCAUACAGAAAAGCCAGAACAUGAGGAGGUGUGUGAAUUUCGCCCAUACAUGUGCCCGUGCCCAGGAGCGUCCUGCAAGUGGCAAGGAUCAUUGGAGGCAGUCAUGCCUCAUCUCAUGCAUGCGCAUAAAAGCAUUACAACGCUUCAAGGCGAGGACAUUGUGUUUUUGGCAACUGACAUCAAUCUUCCUGGUGCUGUGGAUUGGGUUAUGAUGCAGUCCUGCUUUGGCCACCACUUCAUGCUGGUGUUAGAGAAACAAGAGAAGUAUGAAGGCCAUCAACAGUUUUUUGCUAUUGUCCUCUUGAUAGGCACGCGUAAGCAAGCUGAAAACUUUGCCUACAGACUAGAAUUGAAUGGAAACCGUCGACGCCUCACAUGGGAGGCUACUCCAAGGUCUAUCCACGAUGGAGUUGCAGCAGCAAUCAUGAAUAGUGAUUGUUUAGUUUUUGAUACUUCUAUUGCUCAUCUUUUUGCAGAUCAUGGGAACCUGGGAAUUAACGUUACUAUCUCAAUGUGCUGAAUUGCAUUGUUAUAAUACAGCUGUUUACAUGCAACCAAUAGAAUGUUUUUUUUAUUGAGGAUGCAGUAGGCAAAAGAAUGCAGUUCUAUAUACUUCUAAGCACCUUGCUUGUGUAAUUGGUGCUAGCCCAUUUGACUGCUCCAUGCGUGCAUGUUGUGGAAUGUAAUGCUCAGCACGUUCAAGGCCUGACUAAAAGAAGGUGGAAACAAAACCAAGUUGAUGCAGCUGUUUUCUAAAAUGGUCCUUUCAAAAACAGAUGUCUUUUCCUGCUUUGUGUUUCUUUAAAUUUACUUGAGGCAAGUUAUUCAAGAUGUAUUUAUAUUACGGGUCCAGUGUAUAGAACUACAUUAUAUGCCACAUCAGUACUUAAAUGCAAAGCCAGUAGAUGCUUGUGCCUAUCUUAAAUAUGCUUCAGGAUGACAGUAUCUUAAUAGAUAUUUAUGAAAAUCGGUAACAUUGAAUUAUCAUGGAAUGAGUUUAUUCUGUGUUUAUUACAACAAAAUCCGUUUGUCAUGGCAAUUUUUUUUUGAGUGAAAGGGCAAGAACAAAAUUGCAAGGAGCAGCAAUGAGGAUUUUUUUUUACACUUGUUGAUAAAUCAAGCUUCAGCAUUAUUCAAUGCUGUUUUAUUUACAGAAAACUUUAAUUUCUGUUGUAUCAACUUGUAUCAGAUUAGGUUCCAGUCAAAUUAUUUUUUUAUUAAAUUGCCUAUUAAAAUAUGAAAACAGUGACUGCAGUUUCACAUUUUGAAUAAUAUGUUCAUCGUUUGUAGCUUAAACAGAAGCUGGUGGAGCCCAUAACAUGUAGGCAUAUUGCCCAGCUUUAUGGCUGAAUUACAGAAGUCACAUUUGCUUUGCUGAUUAAUUUUUAAAUAAGAUUGAAAUGCUAAAAAAAUUGUAGAGCCAGCCAGUAUUCAUUAUUGAAUUAGCUGUUUGCUUUAAGUUUUCCGACUUCUAAAUUAUAUAGAGCAAAACUUUGUUUGAGUUGAAAUUGUUUUCGAAUUUAACCAACAUGCUAGCAGAACACUACAGAACCAAGACUAAGUGCUUGGAGACAUGCUUGAUUUAUCUACUUCAGUUGAUUUAACUUUGUAAAUGUUAAACAGUGGUGAAUUAAAUGUUGUGUGACCUCCUCUUGUUUUAUUUUCAUUCCCCCCACCCCACCUACCUCCUCAGGGAGGGGAAAUAAAACUAUUUAAUGCUGCACAUCUAGUGGGUUAAUAACCCUUUGAGACUAUAACUCUGGUACACAUAUGACCUCACUUUGUUUUAUUAGUUUUCACAACCUCUUUACCUUCAAUGCCUCUCUUCCCUCACAUACAUUCUUGACUUCAACUCUCACAGUUUAAAAAAAAAUUGCACCAAACCUGUUUUGAUUUAUUUACUGUUUCUCUGUAUGAAUGAUGUCCCUUCACUCAGAUUUAAAACAAAAAAAGUUUUUUAAAUGUAUGUCAUUUUUUAACAUGAUGGUUUGGAGUCUGGGAAUCACACUCAUUUCCCAGCUUUGUAAAGAACAACUGGAACAAAUGAUGAGCCUGUUCACUCUAAUGAAAGGGUACUCAGUACCUUUUCUACUGUCAUCUGGAGAACAUACUUGUAGCACAUUCUGACACUGCCUGCUAUAAUUUGAUCUUUCUAAUGUUGGGUUUGUUUCAGAUCCAAAUCCCUGACACAAAGUCUAUAUGAUAUAAAAUAUAGUUAAAAUAUGUAAUAUAAGGCACAUUGGUCUAAACAAGUGGUAUGAAAUUCUUGUAGCUGCAUUUUAUUAGUCCUGAAAUUUUGCCAUUUUAUGCUGAAUGUUAGCUUAAUUUUGGUAAUUAUCUUUUGAGAUCACCUGGAAUUCUAAACAAUCCUUUCUUUCUUUCUACCCCUGGGUAAUUUCACACACACCCCUUUGAAAAUAAAAUAAAAUUUUCUGCACACCUAAGUCUAAAGCUGUAGCUUUGCAACAUUAGUAUCAGUAUAUGACCGAUGCAUUGACAGUUUAUCAUUGUGAAGGAAAGAACAUAAUUAAAGAUGAGUCAAAUAGAUUCAGAUAAUGCUGUGGCAAAGAAGAUGAAGUCACUUUAGAACAACAUCUGAUUUUUUUUUCAAGUGGGCGCAAGAUUUUCCUGUUAGCACAUGAUCUGGUGAAAAUCAAGUCUAUACAGUAUUUGCAGCUAGGGCUAAUUUAAAAAAAGUUGAUGCUCUAACACAUCUUGGACUAGAACCAGCAAUAAUUAUUAUGCUCUUGUUAUGUUUAAGUCUACCUGUUAAAACCACACCCUACAUUGUGGAAAUAUUUUGCACAGAGUGAGGGAGAAAUUUUUAAAAUGAGAUGUUAGAUUAUUUAAUCUUGUGUAUAGUGUGAUCAUUCUGUCAAUCCCCUCCACCUACCUUAUGUUUUACAUUCUGGACAGGUUCUCUAGUUUUACAGGAUGGUAAUCUGUAAGAGGGAUAAUUGUGUUUAAUAGAUAUUCGCUUAAGAUUUCAGUAAACUGCUUUUGUUUAACUUUAAUUUUAAGAUUUUAAGGCUAUGUGAAAUUUAGCUAAAACAAUAUAAUUUAUAAAUUACUUCUGCAGUCUAAACAGAACAAUCGUUAUCUUGUCCUUCAUGUUUUAAAUUGCUGAUUAUGACAUUCUUGGUUUGAACAAAUAAGUUUCAAUUCUAAUGGCCACUUCAAGAAGCCAGUCUUCUAAAUAGAGCAAAGAGUAUUUUCAGGCAUAUAGGUCAUUUUUCCUCCCCUACAUCCUCUUGCUUUCUUCCCCCCCAACUAUGAUCAGUUUCUCUAUUCCCCAAUUAUUGAUUCUAUGGAUUCGCAUGACCAGAUAUUUGAAAUUAUGUAAGAAAUGGUGUCCUCUACAUUUUAAUCUAACCUUCUCUCCUUCCAGGCACUGAUGAAGAAUCCAACUGAGAUAUGAGUAGGGCAUUCAUGUUUUCCUUACUAAAACAGUCCAUGAAACUACCCAAUUGGAAAUAUUAUCUGUUGGUUGGAUCAUGAAAAGUUAGUAAAUGAGUUCUCAGUCUUGAUGUAGUGAUAACAUUUUGAGAUUUGUGAUUUGCAGAAUUUGAUCAAUUUUAAAGAAUAUAAGAUUAACCUAAACAGAGUGAAAUCAUAGUUAUCAGUGUUUAGUCCAGUUUAUUACUUUAUUCAAUUGCAGUACACCGAGUCCAAUAAAACUCAACAGGAUGUCUGUUGCUUUAAAUGUUGUCAAACAUGGUAGUUUAUACUGUAUGUUUUUAAAGAAUUACUUUUAGUAAUUAUGCUAAUGUGCAUUUUUGAAUUCAAAUUUGGAUACUGUGGAUUUCCUGUUGAGCAGGUGUUAACAUUUGUAUUGUAAAUUUUUUGUUUUGUUCUAUUGCUAUUUUUCCUUUCUAUGUAUAUUUUUGUUGUACUAUAAGAACAAUUAGCUCUGUUUAAAAUAAAUUUGUUUAAUCAUUAUCAAGAAUGGCUGUUAAACACAGUAAAACUUUAGUUUUGAAGUGACCACUCUUUUUAAUCAGGAAUACUGUUCUGUACUAGUAUAAACCUAUUUCUUCGCUAUGUAUCCAAAUUGCAAAGAAGUAAUUAAAACAAUUUAAAUGGAUAUUA